AUGGACGUGAAAAGGGACACCAUCGGUGCCUUCGUGGAUGCACAAGGGACGGCCUCUUCACCGGAUGGAGUGCCUCUCCGCUCCACUGUACAUGUUGUGGAGGCAACGCGGCAUUCCCCGAUGCCUUCGGAAGUGUCUCCGCCUCUUUCGGCGAUGUGGGAGAGCGGGGCUUGGAUCGCAAGCCCCAGUGGUGGACUAUCAUGGGUCCUUCUGGCCUGCUUUGUGCUUUACAAUUGCUGCCAGCUUCUUCGCCACCUCCGCAAAGGCAUGCCGGAUGUGGAGGCACCCAAGAAGGCGGUGACGGCACCUGAUGUCUCGCCACCGCCACCAAGCAUGGGGACACUUGAGGCGGACCCUGGACCCUCGCAGGACAAUGAGAAGAAGCCCGCUGAUAACAAGGAUGCUGGGCCAGGAACCCAGGUCGGGCCCUCCGAAGACCUGGCUCCUCCCUCACUUCCUUCCCCACCGUCGCCGAAGGAUGAUGGCGCCAUGGACUCUGCAGCAAAGUCCCAAGAGCUUACCGCGGUUGAGGUGGAAGCUCUACGGGAACUCAAGCAGAGCCUUCAGGAUGUCAAGAUGUGGGUCGAAGACUCGGCACACGCUGCUGCCUCGAGGACCAAGGAGCACCUUGCUGCCACUUUGCAGGAGCUCCAACGUGUUCUCGACGAUAGCAUCUACUCGCAGCCCCGCCUGGAAGCAGCAAUGCCAGAUGCCUUUGAGCCCCUGCAAGCCAAGCUGAUGCCCUCACUUCACGGCAUCAAAAGUACGUUGGGGCCCUACCCUGAGCACGGAGCGGAUAUCCGCGCCCUCAGGGAGGUCAUCCUGGCCACCGAAGACUUCGCCACUCGGGCCCUCAAAGCAGUUGAAGAUACGGCUUGGGAUCAGAAUGGCCGCCUCAAUGCACUGGGCACCCAGGUUGGCACAAUUGGGACGGACAUCAGCAAGGGGCUCCAGCACGCGCACCGCAAGCUGGACUCGAUACACCAAGCCUUGGGCAAUCGCCCUGGCAACAGCUCAGAUGGAGGUGGCAACACUUUGGUUUCGGUGAAAGACCUCAUGGCGGAGAUGAAGGCCUUAAACCAAAAUAUGGAGGCCUUGAACCAAAACAUGGAGCAGCUGCAGACGAAGGUGCAGUACGUGGAGGGGCGAAUGGAGACGGCCCUCACGAAGCUUGUCGUCGUGGAGCAGUCCACGAACAGGCUGGCAGCGGCGAGACCCAAGGCGCCGCCUCCCAGCUCGGCCUUGCCGUCGGAGGAAGCACCGCUUCCGCCACCGACGCAGCCGCCAGGACAAUGGCAGCCCCCCUCGACGGGGCCCUCGACGACUACCCCUGCCCGCACACCUUCGAUUCCUGCACCGACGAUGCGCUUGGCACCGCAGGUACAACUACUACAACCGGGCUUGCCUGGGGUACAGGCCCAUGGAGGGCUGCCGAUGACUCAGAUUGCACAGCCUGUGCAGCAACCUGUACAGCAGCAGACGAACGAGAUGGUGAACCUGGUCUGGAAUGGGCAGGUAUUCCCGGUACCAGCAGCUGCUGUACAACACAACCAGUGA